CCAUGACCAUCAGUACAGUGAGGGUUGACCACGACAGAGGGUUACCACAUGAAGGGCCCUAACACCCUUUUGAGGAUGCAUUUAAAUUAUCGGUCUCGCCGUCCUUUUUCUCCUAUUACCCUCUUACUCAUUGCCUCUUUACCAUCGAUCUCUUCGUCCUCCAUUCCAGUUCCCAUACCUUUAUACAUUUCUAAACUACCAAUCGAGGAUUUAUGAACUUGCAGGAUCGACGUAUCGCCAGACUGGUUGCACACCGUAACAGGUGCCUCCAAUUCCUUAAACACCACUACCCCACACUCAAAGCUGCCAAGGAGACGAAGUGGUACAGGGAGUAUAGGGCAGCACACUUUAGGAUCAACUCCUUCCAACGUUGUGAACAAUCGUCUUCCAAGGACGAUAUCGUCCUUGACCAUCUGAGAAGUCUGACGUUGCAAUAAUCAACAAUCCUCGUUGUAUCCUUGGUAUUACCACCAAGUGACAGCAUGUCUCUUCCACCACAAAAGCUGCCUCGACGUCACGCCCAGCGUAGGACUCUUUACCAUGGCCGUCAUAAAUCCCCUCCGUUGGAUUUAUCUAGUGCUGAGAAUCCUCAAGCAAUCAAACUGCAGGCCAAGAAAAGGCAGAAGGUGCCUAUUUCUGAUGCUAACCACUCCAGCGCCGGCUCUGAUACUGACUCCGAUUCCGACUCUGAGUCUGACUCUGGCUACAGCUCCAAUCGUUGCCUCGAUUCAGAAGCCGAGCAUUAUCGGAAGAUCAGGGCCGAGUUCGUAGUCGCCGGCCCAAAUCUAGCAAACCCCUGCGACGACACAAAGGCGAUGAUGAAAAGAGAAGAGCAGAUGUGGAAACUGCAUUGCAAGAAAAUAAGGAAGGGAGAUCCGGUGGCUGCUCUCAAAGGUGCAACCGCGGAAGACUUCAAGACGUUUCUUGUCUGGCGGAAGAAAAGGAAGAAUUCGCGUAUCAAGAGGCAGGGAACCAUGUCCACGUACUGGCACGUACUCAGCAUGAACUACCAGCGCACAGCAAAGCGCUACAUGGAUGAGGGGAUUCUGCUAGACCUCCGGAAUUGGAUUCCUACACUCGGUCUCGAUGAUUCGGAAAAAGAAAAGUCUGCCCUGUACGUAGAGGACUUAUGUGUUCUUCAAAACGGUCUUUGGGUUCGUGAUCAAGAGAAAUAUCCUCAUGAACGACUCCGAGUGCAGGAGUCUCCGAUUAACAUUUUCGCUGGCUGUACGUCUACUAGGCCGGCCGCUUUGGUCGGGAAGAUACCACUCUUGUACGAAGAUAUUGAGUUUCAUGUCUUCCCUCCCCUGAUGAAAGGACGGCGGCCUGCUGUACGGCUCAUUCUUAACCUUCAACACAUCAAGCGGUCAGGUGGAAAGAAGAAACCGAAAAAGUUCACGUUCCGCGACGAUGAAAGUAUAAUUUGCUGCCCAGUCAUAUUCAUUGUGGCUUUGGCUAUCGCAGACAAUGCAUUCAAGAAUAAAUUCACAUCACUACGACAGAUCUACGAUCUUGUUGUUCCGAAAGGAACAGAUCGUAUCCGGUUGAAAUGGGACGACGACUGGGCAAAACGACCUAUUUUCCGUGACGUCGAGCAUACGCCAACCAAAGUCGAAAUAUCGAAGACGAAGUCAUUUCCAUACGCAAAGCACCGAUACUACUUCGUCCGUCUUGGCCGCACCUGUUGUUUCAGGAAACGGCUCCAAUGGUAUGACUUGCGAAGAGGAUCCGGGAAAGGGUUGAAUGAAGCAUUGACUCCCGAGGAGAGAAGACACGCCAUGGGAAACAGUGGGGACGUGUAUGAACGACAUUACAUGCCCUCGUUUAUUGAUGCCGACUGUCAAGCCAUUUACCUUGGAACCACGCGCCGCGAGGAUCUAAUUCGAGCUGUUGGCCGCCUCGAACGUCAUGAUGAUGCCCCGGAUAAGCUGAGUGACACACAAAAAAAGGAAAUUUUGAACAAUUCAUAUAUCUUGAAGAAGGUGGAAGCCCGAAAGAGCUACGCACUUAAGAUAAAGGAAGACGGCUACUCUACAAUCAAGGCGGCCAAGGGUACGUAUUGGUACAAGAAACAUCACAAAGCUCAACGCAAGAUCAAUUGCAAGAAAAACAGAUUAAGGAAUGAGUUACUCGACAAUGCAAUCAACAAGUUCCACGAAACCGUUCACGUAGAUGAAGUAGAUCGCCAGAUGCGAGGCAUUCUUCCCGAUACAGAAGUACUCACGCCGUCGACUAUCGAGUAUGAGCUCGAAGAGCGGGCCAUGGUGGCCAAGCUACUCUUUCAACCGCUUGAUGGACUUCAUGAGGAUCAAGUUUUCGACAUAAAAGUCCAACUUGUCCAUAAUCUGGCGCAGCUCUGCCAUCGCCAAGAAACCCCUCGCCAAUUCAAAACAGUGCAGUCACAGCGGCAUUCUCCAAGAAAAGAUUCGUAUACUAGUACAGGUACAGACGAUGAUGACAAGAUUUUCCAGGAGGAAGGAGGUGGCACAGUUCAGGGGAUGCAGGCGGUGAAUAACAGGCUAUGUACAGAGUCCACAUUGUAUUGCCCAUUUUGUGAACGGGGUCCAUUUUCCCGCAAAGAUGGUCUGGGGAGGCACGUUCGAGUUCAGCAUCUUCAGAGACGGUUGGCCAACGGUGGCUUCUUGUGUCCUUACAAAGGAUGCUCGGAUGUCAUGGGCAAUUCUGUACACUUCCUAAGCCACACAGCACGUAAGCAUGAGAUAUUGCUCUGAUUGUGCAUCAUUUGCAUCAUCUCGCAUAUAGGAUUAUUUUACGCAACAUAGAGGGAAGGUAACUUCCAUCCCUGCGUGCCGGAAAACCCUCCGUGCCGGAAAAUUGAACCGGUACAUUGACUUUAAGAAUUAUUAUAUCUAUGCAGAACGCAAUACUUCUGAUUAUGUUUAGUAAAUUCUAUUCGGUGGCCAUUCUCAAACAUCUUAACGUUAAUCCCUACGUCGCGGAAAACCCUACGUGCCGG